AGACGGUUUCGGAAGCGCGCGGUUGGAAGGUGGUAAUGGUAAUAUCGUAUGAAAACGAGGAAGACCGUGAACAAUUGGAACCGGGAAGCGGGAGUCAACCUGCAAUAUUUGACAGAAAACCCCCCAAUGUCCGCUGGGCGAUAUGGGCUUGUUGUUUCCGCGACGAGUAGAUCAGGGGACGCGGACACAGGAAAGCACCGAGAGAGAGAGGUCGAAGGGGCGUUCAAGCGCCAGUAACAACCACAAGAAGACAAGAUAUGACAAGGAAAUCAAAAAAGAAUCAGAUUCCACAAGUUCUCAGCUGAAACCGAUGUCCCCAGGGCGGGUGGCGAAGAAGAUAGGGAGGGAGGUGAGAUUAUCAAGAAAAAGAUCUCGGCAGGGGAAAAGCGAUGGAUCCCAGGCGGGCCACCAAAAGUGCAGGCGAUCUCCAGGGCGGUGGCACCACGAGGAGACCCGAUUCUCCGCAGGAAACCUGGAAGUUGAUGAAUACGACGAUAGGGUUUUCUGGUAUGUCGCAGUAGUAUGACCUCUUUGCAAUCGAACAACGCACAAGUGGUGCGAUCCUCAGCAGGUGGUGAGUCCUCCAUGGCUAGAAAUUAGUGUCAUUGCGAUCCCUGCCUAUCGCGAUUUGCUGCCUUGAUGCCUGAGGCAUAAACGAGUUAGUCGCGUACUUCGUACCACAUCCAGGAUACGAUACGAGGCAGUAGAAAUCCAGGCAGAUCGAAUUUAUACUGAGCAUAAUGACUCGAUUGAA